AUGGCGGCAUCAACCAUCUCUCUCCAUUUCCAUCUCUUCCCUUCUUCGCCUAGUCUUUACUUCCCCCAGAGUAAUGAUGAAUACUUGUUUUAUCAGAAAGGUAAAAGCAGAGUACUAUGGAAGCUCUUGAAGAAGAAGAAGAAGAUGGCAGAAGCCAGUCAAGCAAUACGGGCAGCUGGUUUUGCCGCUGGAAUGAUCUCAGUGGAGAAGAAGAAGAUGACUGGAAGAGAAGAAGGUUUAGUGUCAGUGUUCAAGUCUCUAGUUGAACAGAUUAAUGGAGCUCUUCAUUAUUUUCGUGCAAGAAGCUUUCGCUGGUAUUUAAAUCCUCAAGUGCUUCUUGAAAAGUUUGUAAAAGUCAUGAGGAUGGUUUUGCAGGUUAUUAUGAACUGUCGCUUCUUCACACUGAUUGGGGUCGUCGGAUCGUUAGUUGGAUCUGUUUUGUGCUUUAUUGAGGGUUGCUUCCUAAUACUGAAGUCUUACUUUGAGUACUUUUUCAUUAUAUGGAAAGGAUUGGAUCAAGGAGAUGUUCUGCAGCUUAUUUUAGAAGCAUCAGACAUGUUUCUUGUGGGAACUGCUAUGCUCGUGUUUGGAAUGGGACUGUAUUCUAUGUUCAUAGAAGAUAGUGAAAUCCCAAGGAGAAGAAAGGGGUUGUUAGCGAACCGCUCUAAUCUUUUUGGCCUUUUCCAUCUACAGAUGCUACCAGCUUGGAUGCAGAUGAAGUCUGUAGCAGAGGCAAAAUCAAGAAUUGGGCAUGCAGUGAUGAUGCUCCUUCAAGCUGGGAUGGUGGAAAAGUUGAAGGGUGUUUCUGUGGUGAAUGGAAUGGAUCUUGGUUGCUUUGCAGCUGCCAUUUUCACAGCUUCAGCUACUGUGUUUCUUCUGGCUCACCUACACAGCAACCGCACCAAAUUAAAGAAUGACAAUAUCAGAAUUUAGUUCAAA